AUGCCCUCUUCGAAGUUCACCGUGGACUCCUUGCCCAGCCUCUGUGGCAAGACCUACGUGGUGACGGGUGGAAACGCUGGCAUCGGAUACUCUACAGUGGCCGGCCUGGCCGCCCGCGGCGCCAGGGUGUACGUGGGCGCGCGUAGCGAGGUAAAGACUUCCGAGGCCAUCACCGCGAUCAAGGCCGCGACGCCUUCCGCCGACGUGCGCUUCUUGCCGCUGGACCUGUCCAGCCUCGUCAGCGUGGUGGCCGCAGCCAGGCACCUGCGCAGGACCGAGACGGCGCUGCAUGGGCUGAUCAACAACGCGGGCAUCAUGGGCGUUCCAUUCUCCACGACGGAGGACGGCUAUGAAGCAAACUACAUCGCGCACUUGCUGUUGACGCAUCACCUCCUGCCGCUUCUGCAAGCGACGGGCGCGGCGACGGCGCAGAUGACCCGCCUGGUCAACGUGACCUCAAACGGUCACGAGCGCUUCGUACCCCCGGGAGGCAUCGCCUUUGACGACCUCGACCUGGAGUCGCGAAACGCCAUGAUACGCUACGGCCAGAGCAAGCUCGCCAACGUCCUGCACGCCAAGGAGCUGCACCGAAAGUACGGGCCUGGCGCGUCCGGGGCGCCGGGGCUGGCAUCUGCACGGCGGCCGUUCAUCCAGGCCACAUCAACACGUAGGAAUACCGCUCGCCACGCGAGGAGCAUAAACCUCAACAAGCAAGCCACCGGCGCUGCACCGAGCCUGCUCCUCCGUGCCGUGACGCCCGUCAUGCGCUGCGUCAGGAUCUUGGACGAGCAAUAUAAGGGAGCCCUAUCGUCUCUAUUCGCCAUUGCGAGCGAUGACUUCACGACAUCCGAUUCCGGCGCAUAUGUGAUCCCGUACGCGGUGAUUGGCUCGCCCAGCAUCUACGCGCAGGACCCGGCGCUGGCGACGAAGCUGUGGGAGUGGACAGAGGCCCAACUCUCCGAAAUGGGACUCCUUCAGAUGGAUGCGGUAAAUCAUUGA